UAAUAACAAGGAAUCUGUCAGCGGGAACUACAACUGGCUUUCUGUAGCACCCGUCUAAAUACUGACUAAAGCGUUUAAAGGACCCAGGUAGCUGCUGUGUAGCUGUGGAGCACAAUGGAGGAUGGGAAGCCAGUGUGGGCACCCCACCCAACAGAUGGGUUCCAGCUGGGCACCAUCGUGGACAUUGGCGCUGACACACUCACCAUCGAACCUCUCAAUCAGAAGGGAAAGACCUUUUUGGCUCCCAUGAGCCAAGUCUUUCCUGCUGAGGAUGAUGUAAACAAACAUGUUGAAGACAACUGCUCCCUUAUGUACUUGAAUGAAGCCACCCUUCUGAACAACAUCCGUGUCCGUUACAGCAAAGACAAGAUUUAUACAUUUGUGGCUAACAUCCUGAUUGCUGUGAAUCCAUAUUCUGACAUCCCCAAACUGUAUGCACCAGAGACAAUAAAGAACUACCAGGGCCGCUCCCUGGGAACCCUACCACCCCACGUAUACGCUAUCGCUGAUAAGGCUUAUCGGGAUAUGAAAGUGCUGAAGAUGAGUCAAUCUAUCAUUGUGUCUGGAGAAUCUGGAGCAGGGAAGACAGAGAACACCAAGUUUGUUCUCAGGUAUUUGACAACAUCCUAUGGAACGGGUCAAGAUAUUGACGAAAGAAUUGUGGAGGCCAACCCUCUGCUUGAGGCAUUUGGAAAUGCAAAGACAGUCCGGAACAACAACAGUAGCCGUUUUGGGAAAUUUGUAGAAAUCCAUUUUAAUGAAAAGAAUGCAGUGGUCGGUGGCUUCGUCUCCCACUACUUGCUGGAAAAGUCCAGAAUCUGCAUGCAGAGCAAAGAGGAGAGAAACUACCACAUCUUUUACCGGCUAUGUGCGGGCGCCUCUGAAGACAUCAGGAAGAAGUUACAUCUGAACUCCCCAGAUAGCUUUCGGUAUUUGAACGGAGGCUGCACCCGCUACUUUGCAAGCAAGGACACAGAUAAACAGAUCAUGCAGAACCGGAAAAGUCAUGAGGACAAUAAGCAUGGGAAGAUUGGGGCACUGAAAGACCCCCUGUUGGAUGAUCUUGGAGACUUUAACAGGAUGUGUGUUGCCAUGAAGAAGAUUGGACUAGAUGAAAUGGAGAAGCUCAACAUGUUCAGAGUGGUGGCAGGAGUUCUGCACUUGGGCAACAUUGACUUUGAGGAGGGUGGAAGUAGCUCUGGUGGCUGUAUUUUACAGAACCACUCCAGUCAGACUCUUCAGUGCUGUGCUGACCUUUUGGGGCUGGAUCAAGAUGACCUAAGAGUUAGCCUGACCACCAGGGUAAUGCUCACCACAGCAGGGGGCGCCAAAGGCACAGUUAUCAAAGUGCCGCUGAAGGUGGAACAGGCGAAUAACGCCCGGGAUGCUUUGGCAAAGGCCGUAUACAGUCGUCUCUUUGACCAUGUGGUCAAAAGGGUAAACCAGUGUUUCCCCUUCAAGACUUCGACCAACUUCAUCGGUGUCCUGGACAUCGCCGGUUUCGAGUAUUUUGAGCAUAACAGCUUUGAGCAAUUCUGCAUCAACUAUUGUAAUGAAAAACUACAGCAGUUUUUCAACGAGCGUAUACUGAAAGAGGAGCAAGAGCUUUACCAGAAGGAGGGUUUGGGAGUGAAUGAGGUUCAUUAUGUGGAUAAUCAGGACUGUAUAGAUCUGAUUGAAGCCAAACUUGUGGGCAUCCUUGACAUUCUUGACGAAGAGAACCGCCUCCCUCAGCCCAGCGAUCAGCAUUUUGCAGAGGCCGUCCACAGCAAGCACAAGAAUCAUUUCCGUCUGACGGUUCCCAGGAAGUCCAAGUUGGCAGUGCACAGGAACCUCAGAGAUGAUGAGGGCUUCAUUAUUCGACAUUUUGCCGGAGCUGUGUGCUAUGAGACUACCCAGUUUGUGGAGAAGAAUAAUGAUGCCCUCCACAUGUCCUUGGAGAGUCUGGUAUGUGAGUCCAAGGACAAGUUUGUCCGAGAUCUCUUUGAGAACUUCUCCAACUCCAAGGACACCAAGCAGAAGGCUGGCAAGCUCAGCUUCAUCAGUGUGGGAAACAAAUUCAAGACUCAGUUGAACCUUCUACUGGAAAAGCUUCGCAGCACCGGCUCAAGUUUCAUUCGCUGCGUAAAACCCAAUCUGAAGAUGGUGAGCCACCAGUUUGAAGGGGCUCAGAUUUUAUCUCAGCUACAGUGUUCAGGGAUGGUGUCUGUGCUGGACUUGAUGCAGGGGGGUUUCCCAUCCCGAGCCCCCUUCCACGAGCUUUACAACAUGUACAAGAAGUUCAUGCCUGACAAACUGACGCGCCUGGAUCCCAGACUCUUCUGCAAGGCUUUGUUUAAAGCCCUGGGACUGAAUGAAAAUGACUACAAGUUUGGGCUGACCAGGGUUUUCUUCCGUCCAGGAAAGUUUGCAGAGUUCGACCAGAUUAUGAGAUCCGACCCAGAGCACCUAGCAGAGCUGGUCAAACGGGUCAACAAGUGGUUGGUGUGCAGUCGCUGGAAGAAGGUGCAGUGGUGUGCGCUGUCUGUUAUCAAGCUGAAGAAUAAAAUGAAAUACAGGGCUAGCGCCUGCAUUAAGAUUCAGAAGACGGUUCGCAUGUGGCUGUGCAAGAGAAGACACAAGCCACGCAUCGACGGUCUUGUGAAGGUGAAGAACUUGAAGAAGAGGAUGGAGAAGUUUAAUAAGGCUGUCGGCGGACUUAAGGAGGGCAAACAGGAAAUGAGCAAGCAGAUCCAGGAGCUGGCCGCCUCCAUCGACGCCCUCAUGGCUAAGAUCAAGACCACAGUGAUGAGCCGUAAGCAGAUCGACAAGGAGUAUGAGGGUCUACUUAAACGCUCCGAGCAACUUCUCUCCUCCAUGCAGAAGAAGAAACAGGAGGAGGAAGAGAUGGAGAGACUGAAGCGCAUCCAGGAAGAAAUGGAGAGAGAGAGGAAGAGGCGUGAGGAAGAGGAGCAACUUCGUAAGCAGGAGGAAGAAGACAGGCGCAUGAAAGCUGAGAUGGAGCAUAAGAGGAGGCAGGAGGAAGAGGAGAGGAAGAAGAGAGAAGAGGAAGAGCGACUACUACAGGCAGAAUUGGAGAUCCAGCUGGCGUUGGAGCGAGAGGAGGAGGUCCAGCGGCAGGCCAUGAUGGAGCAGGAGAGGAGAGACAGAGAGCUCGCCAUGCGCAUCGCUCAGAGCGAGGCUGAGCUCAUUCAGGACGAAGCCCAGCUGGACCCAAGUCUGCGCAGAGGUCCACAGGUUCAGGCGAGUAAAGCUGCUGCCGGCGUGAAGAAGUAUGACCUGAGCAAGUGGAAGUAUGCUGAGUUACGGGACGCAAUCAACACGUCCUGUGAUAUUGAGCUGUUGGCAGCAUGCAGGGAGGAGUUUCACCGCCGUCUGAAAGUCUACCAUGCUUGGAAGUCAAAGAACAAGAAGCGUAACACAGACACAGAGCAGAGAGCUCCCAAGUCUGUCACUGAUUAUGCACAACAAAACCCCGCCCCGCCCGUUCCUGCCCGGCAACAUGAGAUCACCAUGAACCGACAGCAGCGUUAUUUCCGCAUCCCCUUCAUCAGACCUGCGGACCAGUACAAAGACCCUCAGAACAAGAAGAAGGGUUGGUGGUAUGCCCAUUUUGAUGGACCAUGGAUUGCCCGACAGCUGGAGCUGCACCCUGACAAACAGCCUGUCUUACUGGUUGCAGGUAAGGAUGACAUGGAAAUGUGUGAGCUGAGUCUGGAGGAAACAGGCUUGACCCGGAAACGGGGGGCGGAGAUCUUGCCGAGGCAGUUUGAGGAGAUCUGGGAGCGCUGCGGUGGUAUUCAGUAUCUGAAGAAUGCCAUUGAGAGUAAGCAGGCCCGACCCACCUAUGCCACGGCCAUGCUCCAGAACCUUCUGAAGUGAAUCAUUUCCCCUUCCCGUCCACUCUUCUCCACCCCGUCACCAGAUUAAAGGGAAGCGUAAACUCUCUAUCUCAGAGUCGACAUUUGGAACAUGU